AUGUGCUCAUGCUUUGGCGGCGUUUCCUUUCGUCUUUCCAUCCUGGCUAGGGAACCUUGGCUAACUGGUUCCCUAGAUGACGAGCUACCCUCGCUCGAUGAGGCGACCAGUUCCGUCGAUGCCCUGGUCUCCGAUGAUCCCAUGCCACACUUUGGGGGCCUAUCGAGGCCUGCCGUCCCGACCCCGCCGCCUGGUCUCGGACCUCCUCAAAGAACGGCAUCGCCGGCCCUACGGCAAGCGCCAGUCCCAGUUGUGCCCCUCACGCCACAUGCGCCAACAGCUCCGAAAGCAACGCCUACGAUGGCCAACGUCGUCCGGGCGGCCACUCCCGACCUCACACCUCGUAAGAAGGUCCCCGGAUCUGAAGCUAAGAAAAACAUCAAGGCUCUGGCCAUUGAAAGCGGGCUUUCUAAGGACAUUGCAUCGCAAGCAUCCCCAUCCAAAACCAAAUCCGUUUUGCAGGAGGAAGACUUUCCUGCGUUAGACGCUGUCAAGGCGAAUGCUGCCAAGGCAAACGCUCAACGACCCGGGACACCGGCAAGGUCUGCAGUGUCGACACCGAAAAUUGCACCCGCGAGCAUCAAGAAACCUCAAGCGGAACCUCCUGCCUCCUUUAGUGAAGCUCCGAAGCCAACGCCCAAACCAGUAGAGAAAAAGCCUGUUCCAAGUGUCCUAAACAUCGCUGCAGCCACAAAGGCCGCGCAGCUGAAGCCCGCGGAGCCCACAACGGCUGAGCACUCUGAUUCUUCAGCUUUUCCAGCUCUGCCAACCCCUACAACUGCCAGCGUGGCAUCUCCUGUCACAAGAACAGCACCCAAGACGUUACGGGUCGUUCCGACACCCAAGACCGAGGUGCCCCCCGCGUUGGUAACGGGCGCUUUCUCUGCCGCCGCCAGAGCCGUUUCCUCUGCUUCUGGGCGUCCUGGAACCCCGGCGAGCGAGAUCAUCAGUGACAGCGCUUCCAUCGUGUCAGCGUCUAUCUCUGCAUCUCGUACGAGCUCUCCCCCUCCCUCAAAAGUCGGGACUGCUCCUGUGCGUGCCACGACGAAAAGCCAACAGCGCAAACAACGCAAAGAGGCUCACAAGGAGCAGUCAGCAUCCAUUGUUGAGACAACAAAGCAACCGGAGCCCGAAGAACAAGCCCCUAUCAUUGGCCGCAAGAAAAAGCAGAAGAAGGAGAAGGCACCUAGCCAAACGUCUGCGGCAGCCAAGAAGGCAGCCGAGCGCGCUGCUACUCCUCCUGUACCACUUAAGAUAGAAGAGCCUCCCGCUCCUCCGAAGCCUAUCCUUGAGAGGACAGUCGUGGAUUUGCCCCCUCCCAAGGGCAAGGCGGCCAAGACCGCUGCUAAGAAUGCUAAGGCUUUGGAGGAGAAGGGCAAAGCCAAGGAGAGUAUCGCUGCUCCCGCGCCACCCACGCCUCCAGCUGCGACUGCAGUCUCCAUGGUGGAGGAGUCCCAAGACAUUGCCGAAAACCCCAAGACUAUUCCCGAGGUUGUUUUCCAAGACCUAGUUAGUGUCGGGGAAGCUCCUCCUGCAGAUCUUCUUACUCUGCUUAAGCCUCUCAUGGAGCAGAACACCCGCCUUGAUCGAGCACAAGCCGCCGCCCAAGGCAAAAAUCCUCCCCCAUCUACGACAACCAAGGGCAUUAUCACCGAGUCGGAUCAUGCUACUCUUCUGUCCGGACAGCCGGUUCGAAAAGUAAUUGAGGGUCAGCGUGUGCUUAUUACUCCCAACGGCGACUGCCUCCGCAACCUCACAGAAGAGGAGGAAGAUAAAUACCUAGAACUUCAGAUGUUUGUCGCUGAGGCGAGCGACCAGCCCGAUAGCUUUGUGGCACCUCGCCACCAAGCUCGUCCCGGUGGCUUCUCCCUCAUCAAAGGUCGCGCCGUGCCGAACGGGCCUCCGUCGUACUUCCCGCCGUCACCUAACGCACAGAAGAUGUUCUCCGAUGACCCGGUCAACAAGAUCCAACGUGAGGAGGCCAUCAGCUACAUUAAUCAGUAUGUCCUCCCACGCCUUAACCUCGGCAACACGAACUUGUUCCCAGGCAGCUGGAAGUCAGCUCCUGGGGCCAAGGACGCCCUCUCAGCGCGCGAGACGGCUGCGGCAAGCCUUAAUUCCCUGGCUCCAUAUAUAUACGGUCACGACGCGGCUGCUGGUGCUGGCAUCUACUCCGCUGAGAGUGGUGGCUCUGGCAAGGACAUACCUGAGGAUGAGACUCCGUUCGGGGGCCUUGACUCGCCUCACCAGCAGGGCGAAGCGGCGGUCAACGCUUCCGCUUCCGCGGCGUCUGCUGCAGCAGCCGCUGCCGCCCAGGCUCACGCGCAACACGGCAGCGCCAACAGCGCGCACCCCAAGCUUCCCGGCACACCUCUUAACAGCAUGACACUGAUGAGUGUCGAAGAUGCCGAAGCCGCGCUCGCUCUGGCACGUAAGGAGACGGAGAAGUUGGAGAAAAAUCUCAACCAGGCCAUCAAGCGCAACCGCCGACUUCUUCUCGGAAGCAGAUGA